AACAAGCAAAUUUAAUGUGAAACAAUUAUGCAGAGCGAUGGAGAGAAUUCCAUAGCCCUUGCCACUAGCCAAGAGGAUAUAACGAAGCGCUUGGAGGCGCUGAAUCGUUGGCAGGACGAGCAGAAACGCCUGCUGGAGCAGCGUCAAAACAACCAGCGCGUUAUGCUGGGCAUGGAACAGCGAAACAUGUACCAAUUGUUGGGACUGGUUCACAAGGAAGUGGACAGCGCGGAGAGUAGUGUAUUUGAAGAAUCCGAUGUAGAGGAUGACGGUCAGCAGGAGGAGCAUGUGUCCAUACAAAUGCCCCGACACACAGAAUAUCAGGAGGAAGUGGGCGGCGACGCCAUGGGCGACAGUCAGCAACCUGCAAAGCCCAAGCGUCCUUUUCUGCGUCGUGGCGAGGGUUUAAAGCAACGCUUUAAGAUCAAUCCUGAUCAGCUGCGCUUGGAGAAUUUGCCUCGUUAUAAAUUCGCAAACGCGCAUCCACAGUUCCGCACGCCCACACAGAAGAAGGGUAUUCUGAAGACGCGUCAGGAGGCGAAAAAAGUUACCACUGCACAGCCACCUACACAGGCUCCUGCUCCUGCUCUUCUAUCCUAUCCGCCAGACGCCAAUGAGCAGCGUUUCCAAAAGCUUCUUAUCAGCUCUAAAACUGCCUGCAAUUCCACGCCAGACCUCAAGUCUUCCUACGCAUCCUCAAGCACAACCAGCGUGUCGCCCAGAGUACGUUUCGCAGAGCAGAGAAGCAGAGAGCAUGCUGCCGACGAUGAGCAUUCCUCUGAGGCUAGUCCCCUAACUGGCGUGUGUUGGGCCAAAGUCUUGAAUACACAAAGCAUCAAGCCAGUGCCCCUCAUUCAACGACGCACCGCCCAGCUGCGAGUCGAUGAUGACAGCAAUGUAAGCAUAUUCGAGCUGUUGGAGCAAAAGGCACUGGAGGGCAACUUUGACAUGAACUCCAGUUGCAUACGGACGUUCAUGGCGCGUAAGGAGCAGCGCCGUCAGACGGCGGACGAUACGGAUCAGAUUGUGGUCACGCAGCAGGUGAGGCAAAUGCAUUUGCAGCCAGAGGUGGCCCAGAUCACGGAAAUAAACGAUGACGAUGAUGACGACCAUGACGACGACGACGACGACGAGGUGGAGGAGGAUCAGACGACUGAUCUUACAAUGACGCCCCUGCAAGUUGGGAAAAAUCAAGUGCGAGUACGCUUCUCCGACUCCAAUGACACGCAUGACACAACCCUUGGCGAUGGCUCCAAUGUCCAACUCUUCGAGCAGUUCAAGUCCGCUCUGUUCCAGGCAUUGGAACAGAAGAAUAAGUCCGAGGCUCAAAGUAAAUCCGCAGACGAGCCUUUCACUAAAGAACUACAAGAGAAGGCGAAUCUUGUGCGCACUCGUCUCGAGGAAUUAGAAACGGAGAUAGCCAAAUUCAAAAAACAAAAUAUGGAACUAAUACGUCUCAAGCAACAGCAUGAACUGGAAAAGGCCAAGUGCGCUCAAGACCACUUGGAGGCCAUGGAUCGUGUCCACGAUGAGAAAAUCCAAGCGGAGAUCUACCUGCAUGACGAGCGCAUGAAGAUCGAAGAGGAACGGCGAAAGUUUGAUCAGCAGAUGCGUCUACAAAAGAGCAAUGUCAACAGCAAAGAAAAGAAGGAAAUCGCAGCCCUCAAGCAGGAGGUAGAGUCGCUGGAGCUGCAGCUCAAGCAGAAGGAGCAGACCCAUAUCUCGGCGCAGGCACGCCUGAGAGCCCAACUGCGGGCCGGGGAGAAGGAGCAACGCCUUCUUCGCGAUGAGAUUGAGCUGCUGGGUAAGGAGAACAAGCGUCUGGAGCAGGAGCUGAUCAAGGUCUCGCGCGAGAACAACUCCAAAAUGCUGCAGGAAAUCAACCGAAAUAUUGCUAGACUGGCGCCAAAGGUGCUGCCUCCCACGGAUUCAGCUCAGCGUAUCGAUGAGAAUGGACGGCGCACCAAGUCCUUGGAUGGACCUCCUUCUAAAGGGACAGCCAAGCAGCGCGAGUCCAUGAGCCGUCGUCAGAGCAGUGGCAAUGUGCCUACACGGGGUCAAAGCAGUGGCUAUGGACAGCCAAAUCGAAAUCGAACACCUAAGAAGAAGCCAGAGGUUGUGGACGAAAGCUAUCCCAGCAGCAGCGCUAGUGAUGACGAAGAUGAGGAAGAGCCGCGAGCAGAAACUCAAGCAGCAGCUGAAGCAAAAUCCACAGUCGAACCCGCAGCGGCUGCAGACUUCAAGCGUGAGAUUGUAAAUGCAGAUGGCAGCAAGGACAUUUGGUAUCCCAAUGGAAACCUCAAGAAGAUCAGCGCCGAUGCCAUGACCGUGCGAAUGUUGUACUUCAACAAGGACAUAAAGGAGUCUGACAUCAGGGAGGGCACCGUCAAGUAUUACUAUGCGGAGACAAACACAUGGCACACAACCUAUUUGGAUGGCCUGGAAAUACUGGAGUUUCCCAAUGGCCAGACAGAGCAUCGUCACAAAGAUGGCACGAUUGAGAUACGCUUUCCCAAUAAUACCAUCAAAAUGGUGGAUCCCAGUGAUGCCGAGGUGCAGGAGGAGUGGCGCUAUGCGGAUGGCACGCGUCUCGUGCAGCUCCGAAAUGGUGAUAAGGUUCUAAAUCUGCCCAAUGGCCAGAAGGAGAUACACACAAAGCUGAAUAAGCGACGCGAGUAUCCCGAUGGCACUGUCAAGAUGGUCUAUCCGGAUGGCUCUCAAGAAACGCGCUAUUCCAAUGGGCGCGUGCGUCUCAAGGAUAAAGAUGGCAAACUCAUAAUGGACACCGACUAUGCAAAGUAUUAAAAAACAAAUUUCAGUUUAAUGUA